AUGCAGGCGCGCAAGGACGAGAUUCUCGCCAAAAAGGCAAAGCUUGCAGAACUCAAGCGUCAGCGAGAAUUACGCCAGAAAGAGUUCAGCCAGAAUCGAGCCAGCAUCGGCGACGCUUCAGAGAUCGUAUCCCCCGUGCCGAGUCGAGCGGAUAGCAGAGCAGAGCUUGACAGUCUUAUAUCACGCCUCGUCGACCGACCUUCCUCAUCUUUAUACAAAGACGGAGAUGGCCCCUCACGCAAAGGCAGCCGACCGAACUCGGUGUUGAGUGCAAGCCAACUCAGCGGCGAAAAUGCUGAGGUCUUCACACCACCUGUGCGCAUGCCGUCACAGUCCAUUGCCACACAAACCGAGGCAUCAGGCCCCAUCGUCCCUGAACCCGCGCCAGCGCCAGCCCCUGAACCGAAAAAGGAAACAGUCACGUAUAGUAAAGCGGUGCAGACCGAUGACCUACCAGAAUACUCGUCCAUGACAGCGAAUGGAACGCAUGAUACUGACGAUGGCCCGUCGUCGCCUUCAAGCAAGAGAUUAGGUCGAAAGGAGCGAGAACGUGACGAGGAGAUUCGGGAAAGAAUCCGCCGGGAGAUUGAAGAAGAACUGCAAGCAGCCCAGGAGGAAGCCAAUGGCAAUAAUACAGCAGCAGCAGCGUCUGCUAGUCAGCUCAGAUAUCCGCUUCGCACGUUGAAUGACGAUGAGCUUAACGCCGUCACUUCUUCGGACGAUUUCUUAGACUUUGUUGAAAAAUCGAGCAAGGUCAUUGAGCGUGCUCUGGACGAGGAAUAUGACAUUCUGGCCGACUAUGAACUCGGCGGAGUGAAUGCGGAGGACGAAGAUGAUGAUGAAAACGGGAAUAAGCGAAGAGGCAUCAAGGAAAUCACACAGUUCUACGAUGAGCGAUGGAGUAAGAAGCGAACAAUCAGCGAUUUGAGCUUUUCGCCAAAGUUCCCAGAAUUGGUGCUCGCUGCAUAUACUAAGAACCCAACUGCGCCUCAUGAGCCUGAUGGUCUCCUUCAAGUCUGGAACCAGCACCUUCAUUCCCGUCCAGAAUACGUAUUCCACUCUACAUCAGACAUUCUCACUGCGAAAUUCUCACCUUUUCAUCCGAACCUGAUCGUUGGCGGGACGUAUUCUGGGCAAGUCCUGCUAUGGGACACACGAUCAAAUCGAGCUGGCGGCGGUGCACCAGUCCAGAAGACCCCCCUCACAGGAGCAGGACACACGCAUCCCGUAUAUAGCAUUGCCAUAAUCGGUACACAGAACGCCCACAAUAUCCUAACAGCAUCCACAGACGGCGUUGUCUGCGGCUGGACAGUGGAUAUGCUAUCCCAACCUCAAGAAUACCUCGAAUUAACCACCCCGCCGCCGUCAAGGACAGAAGAUCUCGCCCCAACCACAAUGUCCUUCCCCCAGUCCGACCCGACCUUCUUCCUCGUCGGGACCGAAGAAGGCGGCAUCUACCCAUGCCACCGCUACGACCGAGCCGGCGCCAAAGCCGGCACAGAUCAACGCCUCGCCUACCGCGGCCAUGCAGCACCCGUCAUGUCAACGGCCUUCCACCCAGCCCGUGGCCCCGUAGACUUUGGCGACCUCAUGCUCAGCUCCAGUCUAGACUGGAGCGUCAAGCUCUGGCGUGUCCGCCCACCAGCAACCACCGCCGCAUCAGCCACGGCGGGACUAGGCUCCUCCUCCGCCCCGCAGGUCAUCUCACCACUGCUCGACAUCAACCGUGAAGACGUAGUCUACGACGCGAAAUGGUCCCCCCACCGGCCCGGUGUCUUUGGGCUUGUCGACGGCGCUGGCAACGUCGAAAUAUGGGAUUUGUACAAUGACAUCGAAGUGCCCGCCGUGAAAGCGACGCCGACUCCCGGUCGAGGCGGAGUGGUGACGAGAAGCUUGAAUAAGAUUGCCUGGGAGGAGCGCGAAGGGCGACGCGUGGCUACAGGCGGGUUGGAUGGGGUUGUUACUGUCUUUGAGGUUGGAAAAGCGCUUAGUGGGCCGGUAGAAGAGGUGCCGUCGGAUGAAUGGACGGGCAUGAAGCGGUUGGUGAGUAAAUUAGAGCAGACUGAUCGAGGAAUAUGA